AUGCUUACAUUACAUUAUCAUGUUAAAUUUAAACUUGAAAUACUCGUAUACGCUCAUAUUGGUUGUUACGUCUGCGACGAAUGCGCGAACCCUUUCAGCUCUCAAGUGACAGGAGUAUCAUUAAAUACAGAGUGCCGUUUUUGUAAGACUACACUUACUUAUAGUAAGAAUAUGGUGACAAUAAAUAUUGCAAAAUCAUGUGGUCAAAUGAAUGAAACUUGUGUAAAUAGAUACAUUGCUUGGUAUAAUACAACAACGGAAGAAAAUUGUUGUAUUACUGACUUAUGCAAUGCAUCUAAUGUUCAGUUGUCAAAGUCAAUAGUUGGUCUUUUCAUAUCUGGCUUAAUUAUCUUAUUAACUUGUUAAGUGUUAUAACACUACUCAAAUUAAGCACACUUUUAAAGGAUACAUACUAUCAAUCAACAACUGUCAAAGAUAAACAUAACUUUUGAAUAAAACAAUGUAAUCAUUUAAAUGAAGUAGUAUUCCACUUGUUUACUUUAUUGAUGUUGUUUUUUUUAUUAUUUUUAAUGAGCUACAUUCAUCUUACCAUCCGCACACCAUUGUUUGCACACAAGUUACUUUGUAUUGAUUUUUUAUGUGCUUAAAUCUCACCAAUGUAGUAAGAUGACCUAUUGAUUAAUCCACCUGACCAUGAAUUAUGAGCUAAUUAUGAUGAGAAUUGUUUAUAAUAGGUGACCU